AUGGCAACAAAGAUUGCAGUCGAAGGUUCACCCGAGGGUACUGAAGACAGUAUUGAUGAUGGAUCUGUUGAUGGCAAAGCAGAAAGCGAUGUUGAAGGGCUCGUCGACGGUGCCUUUGAAGGCUCCAAGGACGGGAGAGCCGACGGUGUUGAUGUGGGAAUGCUAGAAGGAGCAAAAGAGGAUUCUGUUGAAGGGCUCGUCGACGGUGCCCUCGAAGGCUCCAAGGACGGGAGAGCCGACGGUGUUGAUGUGGGAAUGCUUGAAGGAGCAAAGGAGGGUUCUGUUGAAGGGCUCGUCGACGGUGCCCUCGAAGGCUCCAAGGACGGGAGAGCCGACGGUGUUGAUGUGGGAAUGCUUGAAGGAGCAAAAGAGGAUUCUGUUGAAGGGCUCGUCGACGGUGCCCUCGAAGGCUCCAAGGACGGGAGAGCCGACGGUGUUGAUGUGGGAAUGCUUGAAGGAGCAAAGGAGGGUUCUAUUGAAGGGCUCGUCGACGGUGCCUUUGAAGGCUCUAAGGACAGGAGAACCGACGGCGUUGAUGUGGGAAUGCUAGAAGGAGCAAACGAGGAUUCUGUUGAAGGGCUCGUCGACGGUACCCUUGAAGGCCUCAAGGACGGGAGAACCGACGGCACUGAUGUGGGAAUGCUAGAAGGCGUAGACGGAAACAUGGAAGUAGUCGACAACGGAUUUGAGGAUGGCGUUGUUGCGAUAAGCACCUGCUCACUUGCCUCAGUUGGGUAAGUUGUAGGCAUUUGAGACGGUUCGUCAAAUAAUCCGUCGGCAUGGCCUGUGUCAUCAAAAUUAAUCACGCUCUUUACUUCUGCUAUCGCUCGCUGCGAAAACUUGUCGUAAGAUAUAGGUAUUUUUUCUGUUGUAGCUCUAUCAACAAGUUUUCGGACAUCGUAUCUCUCUAUCCAUGAAAAAAACAGUGGUUCAAUGUCGAAGCAUCCCGUACACCUCACGCGGGCAUCCCAGGACAUGAUUGUAAAAUUUCUAAAGACGCCUUCCUCUGUUUUCCACGAUAUCAGUUUUGCAUCAAGUAGCUGUCGCUCAUAAAGCUCACGGCAACGACCGGAAACUUCAUUGUAUAUAUUGACAAUCCGCGUCUCGAGAAACAGGAUAUCCUCAGCAUUAAUCGAAUUUACAAGUAAACCAG